CCUCGGCCACAAACGAAAGUCACACGUGUUGAUGUUGUAAUGGACGAUUUCAACACGUGUUGGAAAUUGUCGGCGUAUAUUUCGUCUUAUAACGUGAGAAGAAGCAUAGUUGUGAUGCCACGAAGUUCUUCGUGAAUUUUGAUAGCUACAGUGAAUAAAUAGAAAAGAGUUUGUUUCGCUACAAGGCCAUAGUGAGUAAUUACAAAGGAAGGAGGUGAAUGUGUAAGUGUCGACAGCAGCAAUGUCUCCCAAACCACAAGUCGCUCUAGGUGUAGGCGUAGCUGUGUCCGCACUAGUUGCGGUAUUAAGUUAUAUAUGGUAUUCUGAAAGACAGAAAAUACCUCGAGGCCAAUGCCUCAAUAAAAGUGUUAUAGACCUAGAAAAUGCUGCAAAGAUCCACGACUCUAUUGGUGAGUUGACUGAGGUUAAAAAACAAGGUAACUCUAGUAAUCGCGGUGACGGUGAUGCGUCAACGAAAUUAAACAGUGAAGUCGGCCGUGCCACAGACAGCGUUGGCCACAGACCGUCAAAACUUACUGCCGACGAUGGUCGCCACACGGGAAGUGAGACCGAAAAGCCGCCGUCGUCAUCAGUGCAGCUAUCGGCUGUCAGUGGUGUGUCAGCGUGCAGCGAUGCGGGCGACAGUGCGGCCGUUGUACGGGAGGACUUGGUGACGCGUGGCGUAGCGGCACAGCAGGACGCCGCACCGUGCGAUGUAGCCACGGAGCAGGAGACCGAGUCGGAUCUCGACACGCAUUUAGAUACGGAUGAAAAACGUAGUCAUGUACAGGAGGCAGAAGAGAGCGAGUCAUGUGAUGACUGCCUAUCCAUCACGAAUCUGACAUCUGCCGAAGUGAAGGAGGCAGUAGAGGCAACAACUCUGGUCGAUGAUCUCAUGAAGAGCACUGAGGAGGAGCAAGAAUGUUGCAUUGUCACAAAGGAGGAUUGCAUCGUGGUGUCUGCCCAGCCAUGUGAGAACGUACCCGAAUGGGACAACAGCGUUAAUGCCGUUCCGGUCACGCAACCAAUAGCCAUCCCCGCCCGCAACACGUCCGAUGCGAUGCCGGUGUCUACAAGUCGACCGAUGAAUAUCCCGCCGGCACAGACUCUGACGUGGGGUAGCAUGCUGGACGAGGAUAAUAUGCAGGAGGGUGAGUCGCCACAGAGCCACGCGCUUCUCAACACAAACAACUCGCACAGUUGCAACAACCUCGUGGACGCCGCCGCCGACGACGACAGUGACGCUGUCCGCAGUCUCAUCGUCACGCCACGGAAGAGCGCCAAGCCAGAGCCGUUCCGCGUCCCCCUGGAGGAGAUCGAGUGCAUUACUAGCAGCACGGCGCCGGGGCAGAAGAAAUGCAAGAACGUCUCGCCGAAAAAGUCGUCUGAGGAGUGGGCAGAGCAGAAGGGAGGCCGCAAGGGGAGGAGGCGGUCACCCGAAAAAGAGAGCGCGGUCGAGACGAAGUCCAGUGAUCAGAGCGAAACCAAAGGAGAGGAUUGUCACAGUGAUUGUCACGGCGAGGUGCGCACGUACGCGAUGGUGACGGCGGGUACGUCGGGAGGAGCAGCGGUGGCGGUGACGCGGCCGGCGAGCAUUGGCAGCCCCAUGGAGCACCUCAUGAACAGCUCGGUGUCCAGCGAUCAUCACAGCGUUGAGUCGAACGACAGCGGGAAGGGAGCGAGCGACAUCAUGCAGUCUCACAUCGAUGAGCCGCUGCACGACUUCUCCCUGUACGAGUUUGAGAUGCCGCAGCAGCUAGUCGGCAAACUCAUCGGCAAGCUAGGCCGUAAUGUGAAGUCGUUAAGGGACAAAACGGGAGCAAAUGUCUACAUCAAGCGCCAUCCGUAUUUUGACACGUAUAAGUUGUGUGCCGUUGAGGGAACCCCCGAGGAGAUUAAACUGGCGCUGGCAGUGAUCUCGAAACGCUUUCCACCCGCCAAGUUUCCGGAGAUGACGCUGGUGCAAGUGAAUGCACCGGUCGACCCCAGUGUGUUCAUGCCCGAGAACAUGCAGCAGCUGCCGUUCCCGGAGGAGAUUCCGGUCGACGUGAUCGUGUCAAGCCUCGUGAGCGCGUGCCAGGUGUUCCUGCAGCAGCCGACGCACCCGACCUACCCAACACUGCGCCUGCUCGACGAGUCCAUGCAGCUCUGCUACCACACCGAGAACGCAGUCAUCCCGCAGCUGCCCCGGCCCAUCGAAGUGGGCGUGAUCUGCGCCGUGCCCGUCGCGGGCAUGGACGGAUGGUACCGGGCGCAGGUGGUGCAGACGCAGGACGAGACGGACGAGGUGGACGUACGAUUCUGCGACUACGGUGGCUACUGCAGGAUGGCGGCCAGCAGUCUAAGGCAGAUAAGGAGCGAUUUCAUGUCGUUGCCCUUCCAAGCGACGGAGUGCUAUCUGGCUAACAUCUCCCCGCUCGACGAGACGGAGGGCUUCAGCAUCGAGGCGGCGGCAGAGCUGGAGGAGCUGACGCAGGGCCGCGUCAUACAGGCGCAGAUCGUCGGACGAGCAGAGGACGGAGUGCCCUACGUGCACCUCUACUCACCCGUCAGCGCCGUUGAGGCUGCGUUCGUGAAUAGGGAGUUGGUGAAUCGAGGUGUCGUACAGUGGACCGAGAAGGACCUGUGGUGACUACCAGGUGGCAGCUGGAGGUAGUAGUAUGCCUCUGGUGAUUGCUUCGUCACUGCUGAUCUUAGGCUGAGUAUUUCUGCUGCAUUGUCGGUGCGUAAUUCGAGGUAGCGCGGUCGUGCCUACAUCGGCUGCGCCACCUCAGAGUACUGCACAUACUAAUGCAGUCUGCUGUUGGAAGGUGGGACGUGCUCGUCCCUAUUUAUAAUACGCCUUGUACAUUUCUUCGAUUAGCCUUUAUAGCAUUAGUUAGGCAGCCUAUAUCCAGGCGAUUCCGCCUGCCCCUUGUACUGUGGUCGUUGUUCCUAAGAUAUAUUUAGGAUGCGUUCUAGAGGUUGCCGCGGUAGGAUAUAACGCUUAACAAGUAUGGACGUUGGUAAACUUGCUGUUAUAUAUACGUGUGUGUAUGUAUAAUAUAUAUGUUGGGUAGAUAUAUAUCUAUAUAUUAUCUUACGUGAUAUAUAUGUGUACACACAUAGCUGAGGUCGCACGUGUGUGCGUGCGUGUCAGAUUAUGGAUUGAAACAGCUGAGCGAGGCUCCCCAUGAUAAUGACCUUCUAUUUCUGCUUUGUGUGGGCUAGGUGUUCAUACUGGCAGCCCCUGCAGUUUGGGAAGGGUCAUGUUAUGAGUGACCAGGGACCACAUUCAGUGCUUGUUACGGGAUGUUGAUGGUGUGCUCGUGUAGUCUGUUCGCAUCUAUGCAGAUGUAGAUAUAAAUUUGCACGUGCGUGUGGGAUGGGGGAUUUAUUUUUUCUUUAUUUUUUGUAAAGGAUAUGCAAAUGUACAGAUUAAUAGAUAAAUUGAGAACACGUUGUGACGUGUUAUCGGUUUAAAUGAAUUUUUCUAAAGAAAAAAAAAGAUGGCCUAUAUUGCGCUGGUGGUGUCAUACCCAUUGGCGUUCUGGCUCUGACAUCUGUAUUAUUCUUUGCUCAUUGGUGCGCUGUCGUGGUGGUCGGAUGGUGGUCCAGUAAUUGUGUGACAGGGAAACGUGUAUAGCAACAGUACUUAACAGCAAACGACCGGUGUUGAUGAAGGUGUGAGGGUUUUUACUGCAAUUGGUGUUGAUACGUGUGCGUGUUUGCUAGCCCAUCUGAAUCGGGCUCUAAAUACUAGCGAUAUUUUGUAGGUGUGUGAACUUUUAUUAUUAUUAUUAUUAUUAUUAAAUACAUAAUAGCACUGUAUUUUUGGUAAUUUUGUGUGGUUUGUUGACAGCUCAUGGGAAGCUGGCAGGAGUUUAUCAUAAGUCACUGGCUAAAGCUUUUGUGUUUUGUUGUUACGCACAUUGUUAUUUCUCUCAGCACACAUGCAAAUUCUGGUGUUAGCAAAGUCGUUUCUAAAACCGUGGCGAUGUCAUCGUCGAUCUAACACGUUCUAGGUCUAGAAUAGAAAAAGUACCUCCAUGCUCUAAUUGACUCAUUGCGACGUGGUGAUCUUGCUGACCUGCAAUGUGAAUGGCAUGGUAGAUUUCCCCGUGGACGCGGUAUCUGCACAGGUUACCUUGGUGCACGCCGCGUGAAGGCAUGUAUCGCGUGAAUGGCGUCGGCCAAUGUUGGACAUGCAAUGUUUUGGAACUGAACCAUUGCCAUUUGUUCACUGUUGUUGAGUUGCCGACUAAGGAGUAUUCUUUGAAAGGUGUGGUUUCAGUUGCGCACGGUCGCAGCACGUAAGUGUGGCAUCCAGAACAAAACAUUGUCAGCCAGGCGUAGGCAUGUUCGCAUCACCGUUAGGCAUGUCAGUGUAGUGGCGAGAGCACGCGAAAAUCAUGCAAGUACGUAAAAAUGUGGCGACACAGUGUGGUGUGGAUAGGCCGUUGGCAUGCCGGCCAUUUCACAGGUCAUUGCAAUUUGUUCUCUGAUAUGUUUAUGUAAUGCUACUUGUUGGUAUUGUUUGCAGUUAGUAUUCAUCACGUAUGGUUCCACGUCACUCAUCAGCUGUGUUUACAAUUAUGCGAUGGUUAUGGUCUUCAUGUAGUGUGCUGGCAGCCGGAAUGAAAUUGUUAUCAUGUACUGAAUGGUAAUUGGUCAGAACUUGCACAUGGCCUGGUUAGUCGUGGUGCGAAUUAAUAUUCAGUACUGUGUGCGGUAUAUUUUCUCUAGUGUUUGUAAUAAUUGGCUCUGCGAGAGAAGCAUGUACACUACUGUGCGUCUGCGCGUGGUGCACAAGCCCAGGUGUCGGUUGAUGUUGCAACCGUGUAACUUUCACACAAGAGUGCGGGAGCGUAAACCUGCUUGUUCACCAUCAUCUGAACCAAUGGAAACGACCACACCCUCGAUUGUCGUGUGAGUGUAUUCGUGCCUUGAUGCAUGUGUGUGCGUGUGAGUAUAUUUGGCCCAUAUGAUAGCCAUACUAUUUAAUGGCAAAUGUAAGGUUGGGUUUAUAUUUUCAUUCUCUGUUUAACUUCGAAGUGGCGCGUUAGGUUGUCCUAACAGCAGGAGGUUGGCGGUGGAAGGUUUUGCGCGAGUGUAAUGUUGAAUUCUUAAGCAUAGGGCUGUCAUCGUCGUUUCGAUGAGCAAUUAUAGUGAUUCACUUCAUAUAUUGACAAAACGUAGUUGUUGGAGGAAUAUACAUGUAGGUAUGUGGUGCAACGUUUAUCUGGCGACUAGGGGAGUUCUCUGUAGGUGUCACGCUCCGUUUACCAGAUGCGUUAAGUGCGUUUACUAACCCACCCUCCAGGCAGGAGUAAGCUAGGAAUGCAUUUUGUUGUAUGAAUUCAACUGGGAUGUCACGGUCACCAGGUGGCAGCAGUUGAGGUGAGUAGAGCAGAGCUGCAUAUGCUUCGUGAACCGAAGUCCGAAGACAUGGUCGCUGUUGCUGUUGCUGCUCGUCGUGAUGAUAACGGUGGUAAGAUGUGGAUGUAAGUAAAGCUCGUGGUUUGCACUAUGCAGCGUGCAGCUUGUAGGACAGAAAUGAUACGUGUAGAUUCAGUGUGCAAGGCUUCAUAUUGCAUAAUAGCUUUCAUCAAACGUCUAGGCACUCUUGUUAUAUCUUUUCACAGACCAGUGUACUAUACUGAUUGCGUUUCAUUGUGAUGGUUUAUUUACUAGUUUUCAGGCGUUCUCCUUGUCCUUUUCCACAUGUAUCAUGAUGUCCGAGGGAGCAACAUAAAAUUGGUCUCUUGUUGAUAGUAAAGCAGUCACUAUCAUAACAAAUAGUUAUCCAGUGCGAAUUUCAGCAUGGUGUAAUAAAGUAGGGUUUGUAAAAUUAUAGUGACAUUCAUAAUAAAUUUUGGUUGAUCUUAA